AUGGUGAUUCAAGACGUUUGCGUUAAUGAGAACAGUUCGCAGCAAGUGCAACUAGCAGACAUGGCUGAGCACAUAAAUUUGCUGCGAGUGCUAAUUAACUGUGCAGAGAAAGCGGCAAACAUUGCGCGCGUUUGUCGCUCCAAUGAUGAACUUUUGGCGCUGCUUGUCCAGGAGAAGACUGGCGCCGAGGCCAAUCAACGUUUCGAGCACGAUUUCAAGACGCUGGCUGAUGUUUUAAUACAGGAGACCAUCCGGCACGAGGUGGGCAAACUGUUCCCAGCCAUGCGCGACGCAAUAUUGGGCGAAGAAUCCACGCAUUUCACCAACAAACUGGGCCAGGAAAUUACCAUAGCUGUGGGCGACACGGAAGCCGAAACUGCCGCAUGCCUGGAGGCGGUGCUCGAUGGAAAUAAGAAGGCAGCUGAUGCGCUGGCGUCCGAGGUGCAUAGGAUCGUCGACUAUGCAGCGAACCUGGGCGACAUUCCGGAACUUCCAGCUCAGCUGGACUACAGUAACUUGGGCAUUUGGAUAGAUCCAAUUGAUGCCACUGCUGAGUACAUUUCGGGUGACAGCAUGUUCACCGACUUUCCCGGCAUCACCUCCACAGGGCUGGACUGUGUCACCGUGCUGAUUGGUGUCUAUGAGCGCGACAGCGGCACGCCUGUAAUCGGCAUAGUCUCGCAGCCUUUUGGUCAUAAGCUGGAUGAGCGCGUGUACAGUUCCUCGUUGUAUUGGGGCGUCUGUUUGCCCAGCGUACAGGCUCAUAACUGCAACUCGGACGCAGGCGGCAGUCAUGGCCAUAACAAAAUUGGCAUAUUCUCUAGUUCCGAGCAGUCCGAGAUACUUCAGCGUUUUCUCGACUUAAACUAUCAGCUGGCAUUUUCUGCGGGAGCAGGGCACAAGGCACUUAAGGUUAUCUGCAAUGAAGCGGACAUCUACUUGCUCAGCAAAGGCUCCACAUUCAGAUGGGACACCUGUGCCCCACAGGCGAUUCUGCGCGCACUAGGCGGCGAUGUGCUCGACUUUAAUGCCAGCAUCAAGCAGCAGCUGCCCAUACCCAUAAGGUAUAUUCCACCUGAGGACAUUCAAACAGAAUCCGGCUCCGAUUGGAAGCGUAAUGCGACGGGCUUGAUAGCCGUGCGAGAUAUCAGCAUUUUAAAGGAGAUCUUUAGCAAAUUCGCCGAGCACUAAAUGUGGUUUUGUUGUAUACCCUGUUUAUUAUUGCUGUUGUAGCUAAUCUGUUGUUGUUGUUUGUACCGCAUAAAAACUGAA